AUGAGAGUGAAGGUAAAGUUAGGAGCAGGAAAGAGGGAGCAGGAAAGGAUUGGGUCGAUGAAUUUGUUGUGGUGCUGCCAUUCCGAUGCUGCUCGUCGUUGUCGUCCCGCUUGUCACGAGAGGCCGAACACGGAGAGCGCAGAGAGUGUAACACAACGAUUGCAGCAACAGCAGCACUGCCACGGCAACAGCAACGAUAUGUUGACGUACGUUGCGUUGCGGACACGCGCGCGCACGCCCCACCCGACAGCAUCACUACUAUCUUCAUCAGCAUCCGCGACGGCGGUGGCACUGACAGCAGCACAAUACGAGAGAGAGAGAGAGGGGCCUCUGCUUUUACCACCCAUUACGUCCUAA